CAACCACUACGAGCGACGUCCUGAAAUUCCCUUUGAGAGCCUAAUAUUCACCCACCAACGCUUUCAUCGUGUAGUGAUGUCCCUCUUCAGAACCACUGUGACUGCCAUGAAGCGUGCCAUACGUCGACUUCGUCGCCGUCCACGCGUCGCUCGAGUGAAUCACCAGGAAUCAUCCACAAUCACGCAGGUUUUCGCGCCUGUGAACACGCAAACAGACACGAUCGAGAACGAUCACCUCGGAAGUCAGCUCGAUCAAUUUGGAUACGACUUCAAUGCGUACGGCAACGCUUUUGUUGCCGAUAACUUCGCAGUGCCUAUCACGAACGGUUCGGAAUGGGGCAGCGGAGAGGAAAUGCGCAUCGAGGACGAGAGCGAGGAGCCGAUGAGUGAUCAAACAUCGUUGACCAUAGCAUCGUCGGAAAGCAGCUCCAGCACUAGCAUUGCCACUCGUCAAUUAGAGCACGCGCAAUUGGCCUACGACUUCAUGGCCGCAUAUGCGAUCGUAGAACAGAGGCGGGUUGCAAUCGAGCAUGCCAGGCAGAAGAAGGGUCAAGGUGUGGUUCGUACCUUCCUCUCCAGGAACCGAACUCAACGACGAAGCGAGAACUGAUAGCUGGGUGAUUGAUGAAAGGUUAUAGAGGUUGUUUUCCUUGGAAUGCUCUUGCGAUUCCUGAUCAAGUAACUGCGCGACAUGUGGCGAUCA